AUGCCGUUGCGGGACAAGAGAGCAACACUUAAGGGUCAUCUCACGCGUAUUGAGAAUUAUAUUCAAAGUAUUCAUCAGGGUGAAUCAGUGGCAUCUGUCGCGGACAUUAAUACCCACUUGACAAAACUCAAAGACACAGUGACUCAGCUUCGGGUUGUGCAUGAUGAAUUAAUAAAAUCAGGGAUCGAUCUUGAGACAGAAAAUGAAGAGCAUGAGAGAAUUUUGGCUCGUACGGAGAGUUUGGAGGGUGAUCUCACUUAUCUUCUUUAUCAACAGAAAAGGGAAGAGGAGAAAGGGUCGAAGGGUGAUUUUGAGGAGGAAGGCAAGAACAUGCAUUCCAAUAAAGAAGUCCGUGAAUCUGAUCCCAAUUUCCAGUCUAAAUCCUCCUCAUUAGAGGAAGCAUUAGCCCUUCUUAUCCGCCAUCAAACUCAAGCUGAAACUCGGAAUCAAGAACUCUUUAUAAAACUUCAGGAAACGAUCCUCACCCAUUCUCAUGAUAGUAGGGGCUCCAAACUCCCGGUACAGACCGUUCCUGAUUUCUUUGGGGAAUAUACUGAAUGGAGGAGUUUCAGGGAUAUGUUCACAAAUAUCGUGGACAAGGACCCUCGUCUUUCGGGUGUUCAGAAAAUGCAGUAUCUAAUGACCUCGGUUAAGGGCAAUGCGAAAAAAUUAAUUGGGGACCUUUCUUUAUCUGAUGCCAAUUACAAGGUUGCAUGGGAAAGUCUCUGCUCUCACUAUGAAGAUCAGUUCUCUGUCGUUCGUCAGCAUAUUCAGACUUUUAUUAAGAUUCCAAAGAUGUCCAAUCCAACGGCAGAUACAUUUACUGAUCUGUUUGCAACAGCAAAUUCUGUUCUUAAUUCCCUUGAUGCCUUGAAGGUGACAUCCCGUGAUCCGUGGGUAAUAUGCCUCCUCCUAGAUAGGCUGGAUCAUGAAACUAAGGUGUUGUGGUCCCGUGAGAUCAAAAAUCAGAUUCCAUCCACUCAACAAUUCAUGUCAUUUCUCAAAGAUAGAAUGAAGUCCAUCCAAAUGUGUGAGCCCGUCCCAACUAAGUCAGACAUGAAAGGGAAUUCUAACCCAAUCAAUUCGAAAAACCACAAUGUCUUGGCAGCCACAGCACAAUUUCCGUGCACAACUUGUGGAGCUUCUGAUCACAAAAUUUUCAAAUGUCCCAAAUUUUUCGAGAUGACUCCUCAAAAUCGGCUUGAUUUUAUCCGGAAGAAUAAGCUAUGCCGCAAAUGUCUGACACAAAAUCAUUCCACUAAGGAUUGCUCGUUCUUCCCAUGCAGGAAGUGUGCAGGGCAUCAUAGCACCCUUUUACACGAGGCAUUUCAAUCUCAACCCAACGAACAUUCUCAGGGGUCCGCGGUGGUUCACACCCAAAGAGAUGCUGCCGCUUCCACAGUGGCUGUGUCUACAGUUCAAGUAGAAGAUGAUUCUACACCCCCUCUCACCAGUACUUCCGAUUUAACGGCCGUUGUAAGUUCCUCCACCUCAUCCCGAGGACCGAAAAGAAUUUUCCUUGAGACGGCAGUAGUUAGAGUCCUAGAUAAAUAUGGCGUUCCACACCAAUGUAGAGCCCUUCUCGACUCGGGAGCACAGGUUAACCUCAUAUCGCAAGCUCUGGUUCAGAGAUUGAAAUUGCCCAAAUCCCAUUCUGAUGUCUUUAUUGGUAGGGUUGUGGAUGGGGGUACCAAGGCAAAAUUUCAGACCGAGUGUAACAUUCAGUCGGCCAACGAUUUCUCAAUUAACUUUUUUAUGACCUGUUUAAUCGUCCCAUCUGUUCUGGCGCAAAGGCUCCCUAACUGGGAGGUUACGGCUGAAGAAAUUCCACUCCCAUCCGGAAUACAACUAGCAGACCCUACCUGGCAUAUCUCUCAGCCCGUAGACAUCUUAAUAAGUAAUGAAUUCUAUAACGAAAUCUUUACGGGCAAAUUCUUACGUCUUGGAACAGGGCUUCCCAUGGUUAAGGAGAGUCUUCUGGGUUGGGUGGUAUCGGGCAAGCAAGAUAGUAUCUUGGAACCUGUUGUUGCAGCUUGUGUGGCUACAACCUUAUCAUCUAUUGAAUCAUCCUUAAAAAGGUUUUGGGAGGUUGAAGAGGUUAGCAUCUUCAAGCCAGGGCUUCCCGAUCAUAAAAUAGUAGAGGAUAUUUUCCAAAGAACCACAGUCCGCAAUUCUGAGGGACGAUAUGUAGUACACGUCCCAUUUCGCCCGAAUGUCGUGCGUCUGCACAACAACCUCCCUAAUGCAACCAGACAGUUCCUCAGUCUUGAGAGAAGGCUGGCUCUCAACCCAGAACUUCAAUCUCAAUAUCAUUCUGCCAUGAAAGAAAAUUUUGAUCUCGGUUUCUUUGAGGAAGUUCCUCCAUCUCAUAUCCAAAACGCCUCUUAUUAUAUGCCGCAUCAUUGCGUUGCAAAAUCUAACACAUCGGGUACUAAAAUACGAAUUGUGAUGAAUGCCAGUUCGAAAUCUCAAACAGGUCUGAGCCUUAACGAUGUCGCGAUGAUUGGUCCAGUGGUUCAGCCCGACAUUGUGACGAUUCUCCUCAGAUUUCGUGAACAUAGGCAUGCCUUUUCUUGUGAUAUUCAAAAGAUGUAUCCGCAAGUUUUGAUUCACUCCCCGCACAAAGACUAUCACAGAAUAAUCUGGCGCUUCGAUUCUUCUCAACCCUUCAAACAUUAUCGUUCCACCGGAGUUUGCUUUGGGGUAUCUUCCUCGCCUUAUUUGGCUACUAGAGUUCUAUUGGACCUGGCGGGACAGGGUGAAGUUCAUUAUCCAUUGGCAUCUGCUGCCCUAAAAAACAAUUUUUACGUGGAUGAUUGUCUGAUCUCCUUUCCAACUCUUGACCAAGCACUGGAGUGUCAGCAACAGUUGGUCGACUUAUUGAAGUCGGCUGGCAUGAGUCUUUCUAAAUGGUGUGCUAACAAUUCUAAAAUCGUGCACACGGUCAAAAAUGAGGAAUCACAAGACCUCCUUCCGGACGUGUCCAAGGCGCUGGGCAUGUACUGGCAUCCAGAAACUGAUCUGUUUUCAUAUAAACUCACAAAAAACUUCGCAAAUAUUUGUAGCAAGAGAGGAGUUCUCUCAGCUAUUGCAUCUCUGUAUGAUCCGUUAGGUUUGAUAGGGCCCGUGAUCAUCUUUGGAAAGUUGCUCCUACAAGAGGCUUGGGGGGCUGAAAUUGGAUGGGAUGAACCAUUACCAACUGAUAUUUUAAAUAGAUGGAACCGUUAUGGGGAGGAUCUGUUAGGAAUUUCAGAGUUACACGUAUCACGGUGGGUUUCUUCAUGUGAUUUUCCCAUUGCGCGAGAGAUUCAUAUCUUUUGUGACAGCAGCUCGUACGCCUACGGAGCUGUUGCAUACGUGGUCACCUUAGAUCGGUCUCAAGAGCGUUUCGCCAAAUUGGUCAUGGCGAAAUCCCGUAUUGCACCCGUCCAGCAAAUCACUAUACCAAAGCUUGAGCUCUGUGCGGCCCUACUUGGUGCACACCUCCUUCGAAAGAUUAAAGAUGCGAUGACGUUCACCGACUAUUACAUUUGGACGGACUCAACAAUUGUCUUAGGACAAAUACGAUCCAAAAGAACCAAGCUUGAUGUUUUUACCUCCCCUCGAAUUACGGAAAUUCUCAAACUGACAGAUGUAGCAAGAUGGCAGCACGUGCCAGGUGAUUCAAACCCUGCUGAUAUAAUAUCCCGUGGAAUGUCACCUGCGGAACUAAAGGGUUCCAAACUUUGGUGGAAUGGUCCCGUCUUUCUAACGGAAUCAUCAGACAAAUGGCCUCAAGAUCCUCUAAUUGUUGCUAUUGAUGCUCCUACAAUUUCGCAACCACUCCCUGAAACACAUCCUAUUGAACAAAUCCUCACUCGUUCAAAUAAUUAUACAAGAAUCAGACACAUCCUUGCGUAUAUCAUGCGCUUCCUGACAAAUCCUCAAGCCCGCUCCAAGGGUCCUCUCACCCACAUUGAAAUUCAAAGGGCAGAACGCAAGCUUGUCGCUUUUGUCCAGGAUCAGCAUCUUUCCGAGGAAAAAAUGGCCAUUAGUGAUGGAUCAAUAUAUCGAAGCAAAAGGUUCGCUAGUAUCCGUCAACUCACCCCGUUCCUAGACGAGUACGGAAUCAUUCGAGUGGGUGGAAGGCUGUCAAAAUCGGCUGAAAUGUAUGAUGUGAGGCAUCCAAUGCUACUUCCCAAGUGUCAUCUUGCUACAAUAGUAGCGAUUCACGUUCAUAACAAGAAUAUGCAUGCGGGUCCACAGCUUCUGCUUGCAGCUCUUCGACAAACAUUUUGGCCGUUAGGAGGAAGAAACCUAACAAGACGAAUAGUCAGAGCAUGUGUGGUGUGUUGUAAAACCAGACCAAGGACCGAAACCCAAAUGUUGGGAGAUCUCCCCGCGGAGCGCAUAAUACAUCUAACGCCCUUCAGCAGUUGUGGUGUAGACUUCUGUGGUCCUUUGCUGACACGUCCCAGCUACAGGCGCGGGGGAGUGUCAUACAAAACGUACGUGUGUGCAUUCGUCUGUUUUACAACAAAGGCUGUUCACUUGGAAGUGGUUGGCUCACUCACCACAGAAGGAUUCAUUGCGGCAUUACGGAGAUUUGUGGCACGGCGUUCGGCUCCUAAGCAUAUUUAUUGCGAUAAUGCUACUAACUUCCGAGGAGCCAGCACAGAACUCACAGAUUUAUUCAAGACACUGCCCUCGGAUCCAAGCAUCUUGCAAGAGACGGCAGAGAAAGGAAUCUCAUGGCAUUUUGCCCCCCCGCGAUCGCCCCAUCAUGGCGGACUUUAUGAGGCUGUCAUUAAGUCACUAAAGUUUCACCUCACCAGAGAGAUAGGUCAAACAAUAUUAACCUUUGAAGAGCUGACCACCAUUCUCACUCAAGUCGAGGCAAUACUUAACAGUAGACCUCUCACACCAUUAUCAGAGGAUCCAAAUGAGAUGUCGGUACUGACGCCGGGGCACUUUUUGGUGGGUCGACCACUCAACGCCUUGCCAGAGAAAAGUCUCACAGACGUAUCUCCCAGUUCAAUCUCACGAUGGCAGCUCUGCCAAAAAUUACUGCAACAUUUUGCAGAAAGGUGGAGAGUGGAAUAUUUGCACACCCUACAGAAAAGAUCCAAGUGGAGUCAAGAAUCGCCUAACCUUCAAGUGGGUGACCUCGUCUUAAUCUGCGAUGAUGCAUCUCUAUCGACGUCAUGGCCAAUGGGAAUCAUAGAAGAGCUUCACCCAGGUCGAGAUGGCAGAUGUCGGGUUGUCACUGUGAGGACCAACAAGGGAUCAUAUACGAGAGCUGUGCAGAAAAUUGCAAGGCUCCCAAUUGAGGGAUUACCACCCUCGGAAUAG